AUGGCUAAUGAUACCUCCAGCCUUCCCUUUUCCAUACCUGCAGACUUGCUGCCCUUCACCGAACCCCUCCCAGUGUUCCGCUCCAAGGAGCACCCCUUCAUCUCACUCCCCUUUACCCACUACAUUGCGAGCUCACUCGUGUUUGAGCCCAACGAGGGCCGCCUGCUCAUCGUCCAGCGCAGCGCGACCGACUAUGGCGCGCACAUGUGGGAGCUGCCAGGCGGGACCGUGGACCCCCACGAGAGCGUGCUCGAGGGGCGGCGAGGAACUCCUAGAGGAGUCUGGACUGCGGUUGACGUCGGUGAAAUGCGCCGUAGGACCGCGCGCCCUGCGCCGCUCCGACGUUUUAGGGAUUGCCUACGACCCCGCGCGGGCCAGGCGUUUGGCGGCGGCAGGCCCGAGGAAAACACGCUCUGGUGCCGGAUCGCAUUCAUGGUCGAGGUGGAGGACUACGCGCGCGUGACGCUCGACCCGGAGGAGCACCAGGCGUACCUGUGGGUCACGGAGACGGAGGUGAGGACCAUGAGGACACAGGCGGGACGGGAGCUGGAGUUUGCGUCGGAGCCGAUGAGGGCGACGAUGCUGGAAGGGUUUAGGGUGGGGAAAGCGAAGAAGAGGGUCGCUGCGAAGAGGAGGGCGGGGGCGGCACUGCAGGCGCGAUGA